ACCUAAUUUUCCAACUUAUAUAAUAAUAAUAUAUGUCAUUUAAUUUUUGAGCUCGACGACUUUCAGAAUGAGAACAUAGUAACUGACUGUUAAUUAAGACUAUUGUUGAUAUAGGAUUGGUACAAUGGUUAAUGAUAACUACGAUAGAGUUAAUUAAAGGGAUCUCUAUAUAAAACCUUAAUGGUUCCCCACGUUUGAUUAAUUUGGAUAGUAUAACCAAUUUACAAUAAAUUAGAUCAAUUAAUUAUUCCAGUAAUAUCUGAAAUAUCUAUAGUCAAAGUUACAACACUGACAUAGCUGUUGCUGUGUGAUUGAUUGGAAAUGAUCUAGACUGAUAUGGAAUGUAGAAACAUUUGCACCAAGUUGUCAUUGGGCUACUGUUUUUCAUGGGGUUAGUAGUAGGCUAGUAUUCCAUUAAGUCUUAACUGAAAAAUAACAUAGAAAUAAUUUAUUGCACUCAGCUUUCUGCCAACAACAGUUGCCCUACGUCAGUAUUAUUAACUGAGAAUAGAAACCGAAAGGGGCAGGGAGGCAGAGGGGAAAACGAACCUUAAUUUGAGGGGCGGGGUUUAUCAGCUGUUAUAUACCCGGCUCAGCUGCAGACGGUGACAGAGCUGUCAUCAUCUUUCAACUUGCAAGACUUCACAAUAAUAGGCCUAUCUACUGAAAAGAUAUCUAUCAUGGAACUCACUAUAACACUGUUGAAUGGGAACUCACAUCGACUGACGGUUCAGCCACACACCACCGUGGGGUCUCUCAAGAGUCUGAUCAACCAACACUUUGGAGUGGCCAUAGAAAGGCAGAGGCUGUCAGGUGUCAAUGGGAACAACAUCAGUCUCAGCAAUGAUUCAAAAACUUUGAGUGACUAUGGCCUGCAUUCAGGAUCCAAAGUGAUGGUGCUGAUUACAGAACCCACUCAUAUCCAGGUGUUCCUGAAAAACGAAAAGGGCCAGACGCACACAUAUGAGGUGGUGUCAGGUGAGACUGUAACCCAGUUCAAAGCCAAGGUCCAAAACAAGGAGGGAGUCCCAGCCGACCAACAGAGGCUGAUUCACGAGGGCAAGCAGCUCGAUGAUGGCAAGAAACUGGAAGACUAUGGUGUCAGAAAUCUAAGCACUAUUCACCUGACGCUCCGUCUAAGGGGAGGCUGAAGACACCCAGUAUCGACCUGAAACCACCUGAAGCCCUUAACUUAUUAUGCAUUCCAUGUCUAUAGAGAAAAAUCCAGUCCAGAAAUGAUCAUUGUUAUGUAACAUUUGUAUUAAAUUGUAAACUUUAAAUUAAGCAUUGCUGAUAUAGGCUUACUUUAUGUUAAAAUAAUGUGAUUAUUAGAUUGUAAUCAAGUAAUAAACAAGUAUAAAACUCAAGCAGUCUACUAUCGUUGUUAUGGCUCCAACUCAUAAAAAAAUAAAGCAACAUGAUAGAUACUGGA